GGGGCCGACGCUGUGCUUCCGGUCACUCGUUAGCUUCACGUUCAACAGACACAUUUCAAACUAGCAUGGCGACGGCGCUCUGCGGAGCCUCGGCCGGCAGCGGCGCUCCACCGGCGAAGAGCCACCGGGAGCACCGGCGGAAAGCGAAGGACUCGAGGCGGAGGCAGGCGGCGCUGCUGUUCCUCAACAACAUCUCCCUCGACGGACGAGCACCGGGUCACGGACACGACGGAGACACCGAGCAGGAAGCCGCCGAGCAGCAGCGGCUCGGGGACAGAGACGCUCCGGUCCCGCCGCCGCCGGAGGACCGAGCAUCGACCGGCCGGGUGACGGAGAUCGCCGCGGCCGGUAGUGGCUCGUCCUCCAGCUUCCCCGGGGCGGGGAGUCCCACCCACCCUUCUGCGGUCAUGUCUCCCGGAUCGACCGGGCCACCGGCUGCGGGAGGCAACGAGGUAUUUUUGGAAGGUGUCUGCGCGGGCGAGACCCAAACCCCGGACACCCCCGUGUCUCCCGGGCCCCCCGGCCACCAGCCCUGCUACCGAGUCCGGUCCACGCCCGCCGCCCUGAGCCCGCUCCCGGCCGGAAGUGACCUGGAGCCGCGACACAGGCUGAGAAACGUGUCUGGUUCCCCAGGACCCAAAGUGCCGAAGAAAGUCCACUUCAUCAAGAGUAUGAGGCAGUACGACACGCGAGGCUGCAGGAUCAUGCUGAUUUGUGCCAAGCGGUCGAUAUACGCUGCUUUCUCAGUGCUGCCGUAUGGAGAGAGUUCUCACCUCAGUGAUCUGAAACUGGAGGCUCAGAGACAGAGGCUGUCGUCUGUGGCUGCCGCCGACCUUCUUCCUUCCUUAGAGGGCGUGGAUCUCGGAGACUACGGCAAGACGGUUUCGUACGCUCAGUUCCUUUAUCCCACCAACGCCUUGGUGAGGCCGAAGAUCGGCGCUGUGUCGGAGGGCGGGGCAGCCCAGACCCCUCAGUCACGAUUCCGUGGCAAUGGGCAGAGGAAUGUCACACCGGCUCGCCCGAGCAACAGCACGGCACAAGAAUCAUACGGGGAGGAGCUAGUGGAGUACGACCCCGACAUGCUCAGUGACCCCCAGUGGCCUUGUGGGAGACACAAGAGAGUUCUCAUUUUUGCAUCAUACGUGACGACUGUCAUUGAGUACGUGAAGCCGUCCGACCUGAAGAAAGACAUGAACGAGAUCUUCAAGGAAAAGUUUCCUCACAUCAAACUGACGCUGAGCAAGAUCAGAAGUCUGAAGAGAGACAUGCGGCUCGUGAGCGAGGAGUGCGGCUUGCAGCCAGUCACCAUGGCGAUGUCCUUUGUGUACUUUGAGAAGCUGGUGCUUCAGGGUCGACUCAACAAGCAGAACAGGAAGCUGGUGGCGGCGGCGUGCGUGCUGCUCGCUGCGAAGAUCAGUAGUGACCUGAGGAAACCAGAGGUCAAACAACUCAUUGAUAAGCUGGAGGAGCGUUUCCGCAUCAACCGGCGGGAGCUGAUUCCACUGGAGUUUCCUGUGCUGGUUGCCUUGGAGAUGGGACUGUACCUCCCCGAGAGCAAGGUGGAGCCGCACUACCGCCGACUGGUGCUGCAGGGUUAGAGAGAGUGUGUGUGUGUGUGUGUGUGUGUGUGUGUGUGUGUGUGUGUGUGUGUGUGUGUGUGUGUGUGUGUGUGUGUGUGUGUGUGUGUGUGUGUGUGUGUGUGUGUGUGUGUGUGUGUGUGUGUGUGUGUGUGUGUGUGUGUGUGUGUGUGUGUGUGUGUGUGUGUGUGUGUGUGUUUCCAGUUUAUAAGCUGAAACAAAUCAUUCUGGUAAUAUUUAUUUAUAUCCUGUCGAUCUGAAUGUUUGAACGUUUGUUCGUACGCUAGAGACGUUCAUUGAGCACGUUGAUUGUCUCGGGUACGUCAGAUUAUUAUUAUUAUUAUUUCUCACCUCUGAAAUGAAGCUGUGAUAUUUAUGUCUCAUCACUUUACAGUGUGUAGAGUAUUUACGACAGAGGUAAAAGCCUUUUAAAGCCACUGUGACACAUGAAACUGUUAAAUGUCGGUUCAUGUUGGGAAUAUUGACGUGGCAGCUGUUCACACUGUCAUGUUAUUUAUAGUUGUGGUGUCUUUUGUUUCAUGUUUUUGAUAAAUGCACUGGAAUUUAAUUAUUCAAGACUUGUGACUAAAUGAGAAUGUCAGUUCUCAGGAAUUUUUCUUUCUGGUAUUUUUUGAAUAUCUCAUGAAAUCAAACCCAAAGAGGUUUAACAACUUGUUGAUGAUUUAACUGUAGAGUCUUUUUGUGCCAUGAGGGUGAAAAAAAAGUGCCUGAAACUACGACGAGUGAAACGUUGAACCAUCGAAUCAUAAGCGUGAUGUUUAGUUUGCCGCUGUCGACGGGUUGUUCUGUCUGGUGAUGAUUCAGUUUUCUGUCUGUCGUGGUGAAAACGUGUCAUAAUGAAAGUGUAACUGUUUUCAUACUGUAACAUGAAUGUUUCUUAAAUAUAUUUUAAGACACUGAAAA